GCUGCUAGCCUCCUGCUACUGCUUUUGCGGCGAUGUCCUCGUCCAUCAACAUGGAACGCUUCAAAGUGACCAGAAGUGACGACAAGAAAGCCAAGUACGGAGCGACUGCUGCAGCCGGCAGCAACGCUGAAGUCGAAACUUCGCUCAUGAGGGCCAACUUGGACAUGGACUUCAACCAGGACUCUAUAGGUGAGUACACAGUUACGAACCCUCAGUUGAUCCCUGCUGGUGGAUCUGGACCCACAAGAAGAGCUAUUCGGGAUGGAACUGACGAUCAACCAUUUGUUUCCGAAAAAGAAAAAAUGUCUGGCUACGAGACGAAUCUCUAUCUCUACUCCGAAGAGCUGGAGGACCGUCCGCGUAUUUCGACGCUGCUCGGCUCGCUGGCAAACUACGAGAACACAAUCCCCUCGACGCCGGCCGACCCUGACGCCAAGCCGAGUGCCGGAGGCGCCCGCAUGGGCACCCUCGUCGGCGUCUACCUGCCCUGCAUCCAGAACAUAUUCGGCGUCAUCCUCUUCAUUCGACUCACCUGGGUGGUCGGCACUGCUGGCGCUGUCCAGGGCUUCCUCAUCGUUCUCACCUGCUGUUGUGUCACAAUGUUAACUGCGAUCUCGAUGAGUGCGAUAGCAACGAAUGGAGUGGUGCCGGCGGGAGGCUCGUAUUUCAUGAUAUCGAGAUCGCUGGGCCCUGAGUGUGGUGGCGCUGUCGGAAUGCUAUUCUAUACGGGCACCACGCUCGCAGCUGCUAUGUACAUCAUCGGUGCUGUCGAAAUUGUUCUUACGUACAUGUCACCAAGCUUAUCGAUAUUUGGCGAUUUUACGAAAGACGCGAACAUCAUGUACAACAAUUUUCGGGUGUACGGCACUGGGCUGCUGAUGGUGAUGGGAACGAUCGUGUUCGUCGGAGUGAAGUUCGUCAACAAGUUCGCGUCGGUCGCCCUCGCCUGCGUCAUACUAUCCAUCGUCGCUGUCUAUGUCGGCAUCUUCGUCAACUUCAAUGGAAACGACAAGCUCAAGAUGUGUGUACUUGGAAAUCGAUUACUGAAAGACAUCCACAUUGAUCAGUGCAAUAAAACUGUGGGAGGCGAACUGUACAACCUUUUCUGCCCAGGAAACUCGACAAAGUCUUGCGAUCCAUACUUUCUUGCCAAUAAUGUAUCUAUUGAAAAUGGAAUCAAAGGCUUGGCUAGUGGAGUAUUCUUGACUAAUCUUGGUGACAGCUUUCUUGAGGAUGGGCAGUACAUUGCCAAGUCACUUGAUGCCGAGGAAAUUAACAGGUUGGACCGCCCAACUUACAACCAAGUGAUGGCUGACAUAACUACCUCUUUCACCCUGCUCAUUGGAAUAUUCUUUCCUUCUGUCACUGGUAUUAUGGCUGGCUCCAACAGAUCCGGAGAUUUGGCUGAUGCGCAAAAGUCUAUACCCAUUGGAACAAUUUGUGCCAUUCUGACAACUUCAACUGUCUAUUUGUCAGCUGUUCUCCUCUUCGCAGGAACAGUUGAUAAUCUUCUUCUCAGGGACAAGUUUGGUCAAAGUAUUGGCGGGAGACUUGUGGUGGCGAACAUAGCUUGGCCCAAUGAGUGGGUCAUCUUGAUCGGCUCCUUCCUCUCCACCCUUGGAGCUGGUCUGCAGAGUCUCACUGGAGCUCCUCGUCUCCUACAGGCGAUAGCGAAGGACGGCAUAAUCCCGUUCCUGGCGCCGUUCGCAGUGUCUUCGAGCCGCGGCGAGCCGACACGAGCCCUUCUGUUGACCAUCACCAUCUGCCAGUGCGGCAUCCUGCUUGGCAACGUCGACUACCUGGCGCCUCUCCUCUCCAUGUUCUUCCUCAUGUGCUACGGCUUCGUCAACCUCGCCUGCGCGCUCCAGACCCUCCUGCGCACGCCCAACUGGCGGCCUCGCUUCAAGUACUACCAUUGGUCUUUGUCAUUCAUUGGACUGGCACUUUGCAUUGCGGUGAUGUUCAUGUCAAGUUGGUAUUAUGCUUUGGUCGCUAUGGGUAUGGCUGGAUUGAUCUACAAGUACAUCGAGUACAGAGGAGCUGAGAAAGAAUGGGGAGAUGGAAUCCGAGGUCUGGCAUUGUCAGCUGCUCGCUACAGCCUUCUGCGACUCGAGGAGGCCGAACCGCAUACCAAGAACUGGAGGCCUCAGAUACUUCUGCUCGCUAAGCUUACUUCGGAACUUGUGCCAAAAUACCGCAAGAUGUUCACUUUUACUUCUCAGUUGAAAGCCGGUAAGAUUCAAACGACCGGACUGGGAGGCAUGAAGCCGAACACAGUGAUCCUGGGCUGGCCGUACGGCUGGCGUCAGUCUGAGGAGGAGCAGUCUUGGCACACCUUCCUGCACGCGGUCCGCGUCAUCACCGCUUCCCGCAUGGCUCUGCUCGUGCCCAAAGGAAUCAACUUCUUCCCCGACUCCACACAGAAGAUGAGUGGUAACAUUGACAUUUGGUGGAUAGUACAUGAUGGUGGUCUGCUGAUGCUGUUGCCGUUCCUGCUGAAGCAGCAUCGCACCUGGAAGAAUUGCCGUUUGAGGAUUUUCACAGUCGCUCAGAUGGAGGACAACUCUAUCCAAAUGAAGAAAGAUCUGAAGACAUUCCUGUAUCAUCUGCGAAUUGAGGCCGAAGUUGAAGUUGUUGAGAUGACGGACAAUGAUAUUUCUGCAUACACUUACGAGAGGACGCUGAUGAUGGAACAGAGGAAUAAAAUGGUUCGAGAGCUGAGGCUCAACAAAAAGGAAAGCCUUGGAAUGGUUGACUUCAACGAGAUUCCCUCUGAGGAGAACAUGCCUUUGACUGUUGAUUCAGCUACAAAUACUGAAGAGGUUCAAGCAAUAGUUGAUCAUCAUCAUGAUAUCAAGGCAACUAAGAAUCAGGAGCAGAAAUCAAGAACUAUCAGGUUCCAGGAGCCUUCGGAGAAAGAUGAAGAUAAGCAGGAGCAGAAUCAGACAGAUGGAAGCUCUGAGAAAUCCCCCACUCCCAGUAACAAAUCCCCUGCAGCUGCUAACAAUGUAUCGUCUGGAGAUAAUCCUGCAGUUACGCCGGAUGAGAACAAUGUGAGGCGAAUGCACACAGCUGUCAAACUCAAUGAAGUCAUUUCAAAGCGAUCCUACGAAGCUCAACUUGUCAUUCUCAAUCUACCUGGGCCCCCUCGUGACACUAAGGCCGAGAGAGAGUCAAACUACAUGGAGUUCCUAGAGGUGUUGACAGAAGGCUUGGAGCGUGUGCUGAUGGUGCGGGGAAGUGGCCGCGAAGUGAUCACCAUUUACUCGUGAAGAAGCACUUCUGUGAUCACAUUACUAGUAUUUUAUAAACAGUCUUCAAGUCAGUGCACAAUUCUAGUUCUAGGUUUUAUUAUCAAUCAUUGUUCGUUCAUAUUAUCAUCCACAAUGCAUCUCUCAUCGUUCAAACUUGUAGCGCAGACUAUUUAAUGACAUGACUGUUCCACAACUAUGUGUUACAAGCUCACUUCAAAUAACAAUUUCAACCAUUAUAACUCAAACGAGCAUUUAAACAACUGAUGAGCUUUUGAAUAAAAUAAUAACUCACCUUUCCACCCAUUUCAAGCGCUAUCAAGCGCUAAUAAUAGCGAAAGUUAUUCGAAAGAUCCACUUCCAAAUAACAAUUUUAUGAACUUGAUAUGUUGAACUCUCAUAGAGAUUAAGCCUGAUGCAAUGAUUUUAAUUAUUCGACUUGAAUCUUGGAAUCUCACAUACCCGACUUUAGGGGCUAUUUCUCGAUGUCAUUGAAUGGUUUGUAGUUUAGUUUCUCAGAUCUUACUUCAACCGAACGUGUUCAAAGAUGAAGGAAUAGUUCUAUAUCGAUUUAAAGAAAGAGGCAAUACCAAACUAUUUGUUAUGAGUUUUACAAUUCUAUCAUUACUGUUUAGUAGUACAUUUUUAAGUUUUUCUAAAACAGGAAUUUUUAAAAGUUUUAAACUGGAUUGAUUUCAAAAUAUCAUAUCCAAUCUGGAUUGAGUUUUAACAUCAAUGUACUUGGAUCAUAUUACUUCUCUGUUCAAUAAGCUAUAUUCAACAUUUAUUAAGUCUCAAUUUUCGAAACAGAUUCAAAAAGUGCUCCUUAUAAAUUGUGUAAGUCUUUCUGUUGUGGUAGAUUAUUACUGGUCGAGUAAUGAUAAAAUGUAUCAUUUAAUUAUCAAACAAAUAUAUAUACUACUCGUAUUCAAUGUUGUGAAGCUCAUAACAAUAAUAGCCUAAUAUUAAUACUGUGCAUUUGAUAAGAUUGCAAUAUUAUCAAUCUUCGUGAUUCUAUUCACAUAAACUACACUUUGAAUGAAAAAUUAUUGAUGAUCUGAAUUUAUAUUUUAAGAGGAAAUUUCUUGUAAUCUUUUAAAGAUGUCAGAUUGCGCUUAGAUAUAGACUAUUAUAGUCAGGUUUCUGAAACCUAGAAACAUCAUCCUCAUACUCAGUUUCCAUUAAUUCUUUUGUAAAAAUUCAUACUUCAUAUCUCAUAAAAAUAUUAGAGAUGAGUGUCGCACGUAUCUAAAUUUCUAUUCAGACAACAAAAAUAUUAUAUAAAUGUUAAAGACUUGGCUCAUUUUCUACUCUGUGUUCCGUAUGUGUAAAUUUUUAUCGUAAAAUUUAUCGUCGUGACUAUAUAAAUUAUAAAAUAUUGAUCUACAUAUAGUUAUCUAAUGAACUUAUCAAGUGAUAAUUUAUUGUACUAUUAUUAAUUAGAAUAAUGGAAUGAAUCAAGCUAUCAACUUUAUAUGAAAUUGAGAAACAUUUUAGUGAAUUUGAACCAAGAGUAAUUAUAACAAUUAAUUAGUAGAGUAAACAGAUAGCGAAAUAAUUUAACCAAUAGUGAAUCUCAUAUUCUCACAGUAUCAUAAUCAUUAUUGAUAACCUCAACGAGCUGAUUUUGCUGAUAAUGUUGGAGAAUCGCCAACAUAUUUCACACAAAUCAACUCAAUCGUACAAACUACAUUGUUCAAUUUUAUUGCAUUUUGAAUAGUGUCGGUCGUUUUAAGAAUGAUAAGUUUCAAGUACUGAUGUAUGUGGAUGGAAUAGGUUAAGACUUAGUUUCAUUCUAUAGUGAGAAAUACUAUGCUUUAGUAGAACUUGGGAACGUUAAUUUUCUGGAGUAGGUGAUCAGCAUACUUGUUGAUCUGUAAUAGUUCUCUUUAGAUGUCUUAAAGUUUCUAACAGUUUUGUAUUAGGAGAGAAAAAUAAUUAUUCAAUAAGGAUUAAUAAGUUUAGUUCUAUGUUGAAUGCGUGGUACCGUACUUAUGAUAACAAAGUAAUAGUCUAAAAUGAUCAAUUCAAUUAUCAUUGUAGUAGUCGAUUAGCUAGUCUCAUAAUUGCGUUGGAUGUGAUAAAAAUCGCUAGCUCUUCUCAUGAUUGAGAGCUACUUACCUUCAAUCACUUCAUAUUGUAUUAUAGUAGAAAAUAUAAUAUGUUGUGAUCUCUUGUAAAAAAGAAUUUUAAUUGUAUUAUUAAAGUCUAUCAGCAUAAAAUGAAAGAUUUUUAGAUAAGAGUAUAAAUUAUAAGGUGUAAAUAUCUAGCUCUUCUUGUAAAAAUCUAAUAUUUUAAUAGCAUUUAUUGGUUUGUGUACAGUUAUUUCAGCUCUGAGCCUCUUUGUGAAUUAUAUUAGUUUCAUACUAAUUUCAACCAAUGAGAAGUUUCACGAUCAUCAGAAUUUGAUUUUUGGUUAUUCUUCUCACAUUGAAACGUUCUCAAUCAUAAUUUUUGUUCACCUUUAUCGAAAUUCCAAAGUUUUCGUGAUACCAUUUCACCAUUGAUUUGAGAUAGUCAAAUCAAUACUGAUUGUAUUGAGUCCUCUAAUAAUAGUCGCUGAAUCCCUGUUAUCUCGGAACAUUUUUUGAACAAUUAAAGACUGAUGAGCUCGACUGUGUUGACAUCCCAGCUGAAUCCAAAAUGGAUGAUGAAGAUUGGAGUGCUCAAAUUUUAAGUGGAGUACGGUAUAUCAACUUCUGACUUUGAGUAGCUGGACUGUGUUUUUGAGACAUAGGAACACCUUGUGUUCGAGAAGACGAAGUCCGUGGUGGAAAUAGUUUGAUGAUUGAAACUAGACUGCUGAGGAGUAUUCCGGGUUUUGUAUUCCGAAUAUUAACCCAGUGAGGGAGGGGGGGUUGUCUUGAACACCCUGCUGGUGAUUUGCCAUUGAUGAAAAGACAAUUGAUGCUAAUCUCUUGGAGGAGGAUUGGAAUGAUUUGGAGGAGGUUUCCAUGCUGGAACCCUUUUAUUAAACAGUGAAUUAGAGAUCUUAGCUGAGAGAUUGAAGGGUUCAUUUAGGAACCCUAAUUCUGGGUGAAGUGGGUAGGAAUUCUAUGUACCGUGAUAAAACAUUCGAAAAGCCCUAUUAGAAUAAAUGAAUAAGUAACAGUAGAUUGUUUUUAUGAAAUUCUUGUUUAAUUUUUAUAACUUGGAACCAUUUAAUUUGACAAUAUAAGUGGACGCAUUGUGAAUAGUUUUGAAAUAUUUUUUCACAGAGAGGCUCUUAAAAAUGUUACCAAGCAAUAUUAUGAAAUUUAUAUUAAAGUAUAUUUUUAAUCUUUCCAUGACUGUAAAUCGAAUCAAAAUCUAUAUGAAGAAUAAACUGAAUAGGCCUACUUGAAUUCUAUUAGAAUAAGCAAGAACUGCGCAUUCCAUCACUAGAUUAAUGCUUGGUCCUAUUUAUAAAUUUAUAAGUUUUGCCGAUUCAAUACAUUCUUUAUUAAUGUGUUGAUUCUUGAAAUUUCUUAUGCAAGUGUGAGAACUUGCUUUGAAAUGCAAUUUCUUGCCUCCAAUAGGAACAAUGUAUUGACGAUUGCUUUGCAGAUGGUAAUUUCAAGGAUGAAGCUCGGCUGCCUAUUCAGAUCUAUCAAGAAAAUAACAAAUUCAUAAAUCCCAUAAUGGUGUUUUUUGAACUUUUUAAAUAUACCUUUCAACUUACCUUCUGUUAGGCCAUGUUCUAUCUCUUUACUCAAGUUCUAAAUCAAUUCAAUUCGGAUUUGGUCUAUGAAAAUUUCUUAGUGAUCGAAUGCCAGUUCUGUCUGGAGACUCUUGAAAUUCCAAUUCCACUUCAAAAGGAUUCCGUAGAAAACUUUCUUAGCACACAUGAUGCAUUCAUCAUUCAGAUACAUUUUUAAUACCUUAAAUUAAUACUUCAUAAUAUUUUCAUCUUAACAAAAGUUUUAUUCCUAUUGAAAAUUAUAAAAUAAAAAUUAAAAAAUUCAAUUUCAUUCUAAUUUAUCAGUGAUAUGACAUUAUUAUUCAAUGAGUUUUUUCGGCUAUGUGAUUCGAAUCAUAUGAAGUUGUUGGAUCAGAGUAUUAAAUAUUUUUGUAGAUAUAAAAUAUAUUCAUGUUGGCAUUCAAAAUUUAUUUUCAGGAUUUGGAUAGGCUUACUCUAUUUACUUGAAUCUAAAUAAAUUCAGAAACUUAAACGAUAGUGGCUGAAACUGCAUUUAUAAUUAUAUUAUUGGAUGCACUAUUGUGAAAGGCCUUUGAAAUUAUUGAUAGGCUUGGAAAACAAUGUAAUUUACACAUUCACAGAUGAUUAACAAACAAUUUAGAGAAACUGUAGUGAUAAUAAGAGGUGCUAAAUCAAGGGAAAUGCCAGUCAGAGGGUAUGAAAAUAGUAUAGCCAUUGAUUGAAUGUAUAAGAUAUAGUAAUGCGUAUUUAUUGAGAAAAUAUUGAAAGUAAAACAAUUGAGAACGUACAAUGCAUUAUUAACUCAAAAUUAAAAUGGGCAUUCAAAAUACAGAGCCAGACCGUUUGAUCCUUGAAAACUAAAUGUGGCCAAAAACUAUUGUUAUAAUAGGCCAUCAAUGUCAACGGAUCAGAGCUAUUAAAAUACUGUCUCCAUCAGAAUGGAAGGUUUAUGCGAUAAAUGAUGAGAAAAGCCAUUCAGGUAGAUCUAACUAAUCUAAAUAGUAAGAUAUAUUAUUAUCAUCCGAGUCAAGCGAUGCUUGGUACUUGUUAAAAUAAAAAAAUAGCUACAAGUAGCCUACAUAGUUGAAUCUUUUCACCACCUUUAGUCAUUCAUGGAGUACAGUCAUUCAAUAAUUGCUAUAUUCUCUAUUUUCAAUGUCCUCAAGCCUAUCAAUAUAGUCUAUUUUAGUUUUCCACUUCAUUUUUUCUGUCGCAAAUGUCUAAGAGUUUAUCUAUUAUGGUUGAUAUAAGAAUUCUUAUAGGAGGAAAAUCGUUUUUAGAUAUUUAUUGAAAUUAUGUUUCAGACGCUGUAUAUGCGGCUUCAUGUUCAUAAUUAUAAUUUUCUCUAAAUGAAUAAUCAAGAAAAAUGGUUAUCAUCAAUGAAUUGAUACCAAAGUGUCAAAGAUAUUGAUACCAAAGAUACUAACUGUUCUUUAUUGAAACUUCCCUUGAAGUCCACUUCAUAUUUUGAUUUUGUUCUGAAGUUAUUUUUUUAGAACUUUGGAGUCUCCUACAUACGCUACUUUAUAGAAAUACAGUAACUAUCUGAACUUGUCAAUUUACGAAACAAUGAUUGUUUUUAAACUCAUUGUACUAUCAAAGUGUACUGUAUUAUGGUCUUAUUUCAUAACAGCCUACUGUUGUGAUUUAUAUCGAUAUCGAUUAUAAAAAUUAUUAUUAGUAUAAAAGAAAGAAAUUAUGCAUAAUGAAACUGAACAGUAUUCUAGAAUAAAAUAGAUUAAAAUAUAUUUAUUUUCUAUUCUUGUUAUCUAUGUAUUCUUUGAAUAAACUUGGGUUCCUGAAGAGUAUAUUCAAUUAGAAUGCAUGAAAUGCAUACGAAGAUGUAGCUUGAAAUAGAAUAACAGUAACGUAUCUGUGUCACGAGAUACAAGAUAAGAAUAAUUUUAUUAUAUUACAAUCUGUCAACAUUUCCUCCCCCAUAUUCAUAUUUGAUCAUAUUUCUAAUAAUGUACCGUAUCGCAAUAUCGCAAUUCACUUCUGAAUUCGACAAUAUUUUCAUUUAUUUUGAUUCCAAACGUUCAAGUAAACAAAUUCAGAACCUCAAGUUCAUUGCUCCCUUCAAUUAAACAAAUGACCUCGAUCAAGCUCAACAGGCUCAAAUAAAUCCAUUACGCGUGUUUUAACAGCAAAAAUUGAUAUUUUUCUAUCAAAAAUACUGAGUUGGAUUAGUUGUAUUGAAAAUUAUAUGGGAAUAGAGUCAUCACUGUUGAUGUACGUUUAAUAGAUGUUAGAAAACUAUAUUUUCAAAAUAAAUGUCAUACAAUCAGUCGUCUAUUUUAGUCAGAGAAAUAAUUUAAAUAUUCACAUAGUAUCACUAUUAUUUGAAAUAUUUUUUUAAAACUUCCAUUAUCUCAAUUUAAUGGUUUGUUGAAAAAUUAUAAGUGUUGUAUUCCAUCAAUCAAUCAAAGAAAUGUGAAAUGUAAGAUAUGUAGGCUACAGUAAUCUAAUCCCUUCUUGUAUGAAAAUGGAUUCAACCUAGCUGUAGUUUAGUUGAAUGAAUAGUUUGUAACAUAUUAUUGAGCAGAAAAAUGUUGUCUAAUUAGCGGUAGGUCUACCAUACCCUAUCUAAUGUGAAAAUAUGAUGUUCAUUGAAUCAAACGUUGGUACUUUUAGAAUAAGAAAACAUUAUGUGAUCUUUGCAUCUUAACUGUUGUAUUAAUUAUGUUUGGCUAGAUGUAAUUUAUGUAUAUUUCGAAGAUCUUAAAAGAUCACCGGUUAGAUCACAAAAUCUGAAGUUUUGGUGAUUGUGCCUUCAAUUGUGUUUCAUCUUUAUGAAUAAUGUAGAAUCAUAAGAAUUAAAUGUUGGAAAAAUUCCCCCUUUUAUACUUUUCAUCCUAUUUUAAUUUGCACUCUUUCCAUUUUGUAAUGAAAAAGUCAAUCAUUUGUUGUAAAAAAGUUCACAACUUGAAAUAAGAGUGGCUUCAUAGUUCUCAUUUGAUAAAAUGUGAUUAAUUGAGGUUGAAGGUGGACUUUUCAAAGUAAUCCUCAACUACCAACUUUUUCCAUUUCCAUGAUUUAAAAUAAUAUGAACAAAUUAUUGAUAAUUUAUUGACAAAUUAUUAAUAAUUUCUGAGAAAUUAAUUAUUUAGUAUUGAUGGCACCAUUAAUAUAAAUCGUAAUACCUACUUUUUAAUAAAUAAAUUUCAACUUUCCGAGAGAUCAGACUUGGAACAAUAAAAAUCUUAAAAUAACCUUCCCCGAUAGUACUUCUCUACAAUUUUCGUUUCCCAUAGACUGCAUUUAGAACAUCAUAUCGUCAAGAUUUUCCUCUAUUGCUGAAACCUAAAAUCGAAUGUAAAUUUAAAAUAUCACUGUAUUUAUCAUAAAAAUUGAGUGCACUAAUGAUUCCAUAACAGAAAUAUCUUCAACUAAAAUUUUAUAGAUAUAAGAUUCUCAAAAUUAUAUUAUAAUAAUAGAAAUUUAUAAUGAGCUCCACUUCAAAACUAUCUAUAAGAAUUCUGGAGCUGUUAUUCAGCAAAAAUUUUCAAUGAAUGCUAGUGUAAAUAAUUCUUAAGACAGUAACAGUGAAGUAUACAUUUUAUCAUGCUAUAAAACAUUAAUACUUGAUGGAAUGUUGGUAUUGGUGUCUUUUAAAUGAUUAUCUACAGCCUUGAUUGAAUUUACUCUUGAAUUGGCGCAGUUAUCAUCAAUAAUAAUUGAAUCACUUGUUUUGUGACUGCUCCUCAGAAUCAGCACUUACUUUUGUUCCUACGUGUGGCACAUUAGGCCUAACUUUUUUCUUAAGGUAAAUUAUAUUGAUAGAUAAUCAAAAUUAAAAAAAAAACACUGAAAGACACAAAUUGAUCAAUUCCUUUCAAACUUGAAGUAUUACUUAAGGCACUUAUCUUGUAAUAAAGACCAAAUACCCGAAACUACUCACGCAACGCGGACAGUUAUACAAUGUUAUACAAUUCAAGGUAUUAUUUUACUAGUAUAAAUUAUUACACAGAUGUUAACUGAAUACUCUCCCAUCAACAAAUCCCACUCAUCGUGUUCAGGAUGGAAAAAUCAGUUGAGUAAUUAUUCAUUGAUGGAUAAUCCGCAAUGAGCAGUUUGUAAAUAUGUAAUUUGUAUAAUAAUGGGUCUUUUAAUGUACAAUUAUUAUUGUUACACUAAUGCAUGAUUUGUGCCUGUUAAUUGGAUAAUAAAGAAUAUAUUUAUGUG